AUGGUUUCCAAGGGUACACCCGUUCCUGUCUAUUUCGGCCCGCCCCCCUACACACGAUGCGCUGUAAAAAACAAACGAAUGGAGAAUUUUUUAAACAAAGAUAACACAAACAAAAGCAGCAGUGUACAAGACUGCUUGACGAGCUACGGUAUUCAAAGCCCUGUCGGUAAGAUACCAGAAGCGGAACAAUCUAGGAUAACGCCGAGUAGUUCUUGCGUCGAAGCUGAUCCCUUUAGACUAGCACCAAGAUUGAUGCGAUCACCUAAACAGGGGCUCACCGUGGAAAGGCCUGAAAGAGCGAGAUCGUCACCACCAGCGCUGCAAGACAGCAUGCCUCGAGAGGAACUUACGCAAUCAAAAGGGGACAUUAUGUCUCAGCUGGGAGGUGUGAUCAAGAAGCUAACUGAAGCAAUGAAACUGCCUCAACGCUUGAUCAACAAUCAGAUACGUGAUCUGUUAAAUUCUGUGACGAAGCUCCACGAACGCGCCCAAAGCGAGUUCAACAACGCAAUCAAGGCAACCAGACGAAAUGUACUUUUAAGACACGCAGGAGUGGAUUCAACGCCAAAAAGGCCCCGCGAGGAUGAGCAACUAGCGCGCAAAACUCUACCGAAGAAAAGAGCAAUUCAAGAAGGAAUGCAAAAGAGGCCCACUACUAGCAAGAGGAAUGAAGGCGACAUUCCUACAAAAGAAAGGAGAGAGGAUGGAAAAGAAAACGAUUGGAUUCAGGUGAUGCGCAAAACGUCAAACACAAAGAAGAAGGCUGUUCAUGUCCCACGUCCGAGACCGGACGCGAUUAUAAUUUCACGCUCCGGAAACAUGUCGUACAGCGACAUACUUAGAGCUGUCAAGAAGGAGGAUGCCCUUAAAGAACUUGGAGAGGACGUGUCGCGCAUCAGAAAUACGGCAAAAGGCGAGAUACUCUUGGAAAUGAAAAAAGCGCAAAUGACAAACACGGUUUCCAGUGUACAAAUCAAAAAGAAAUCGGUGUGUUUGAAUAAAACUUUGCCCGAAUAG